AUGAUGCGGGUGGAUGGGUUCGAGAUCCAGGUGCCUCAUGGGCGAACGAUCAUAGACAGCGGCACGACGUACACAUACCUGAAUCACAACGUGUACAUGGCCCUCAGAUACGCCAUUGAGGAUUACUGUGCGAGGCACGAGGGCUGCGGUGCCUACCAGACGGGCAUAUGUUGGGAGGUCGUUGACGGCACACCUGGACUCGAGCGCUUUCCCGACAUCGAGGUCAUAUUUGAGAGCACGGUGACCAGAUGGGUGCCAAGAGCAUACCUCUAUCGGAAGAGCCUGUCUUCCAAGUAUUGCUACGCCUUUGCCGACGACGGCACCACGCUCAGCACAACGUUGGGUGCCUCGUGGAUGCAGCACCAGGACAUACUGUUCGACAUGGCGCGCAGGAAGGUGGGCAUCGCGCCGGCGGUCUGCCCAGAGUGGCGCACGCGCCCGGCGCACAUUGCCAACAUCUCCGUGGGCGGCACGGACGCCCCCACGCCGUCACCGUCACCGGGGACCGCCGACGCGGUCGCCCCGCCGACGCCGCCUGCCCCCGCGGCGCCGACGAGCUCCGCCUCCUCCCCCCCUCCUUCCCCCUCCCCCCCCUCCCCCUCCUCGGGGAGCAAGUAA